UCCAAUCAAUUGUUUAUAACUUAAAUCAUAUAUAUAUAUAUAUAUAUAUACACACCAUCUUUCAAUAUGCAAAAGCAAGAAAACCAAGUAAACCAACCUCCUUUAGGCUAUCCCAUUGAAUUUACUCCAAAUGAGAACAAAAAGAAGAAGAUGAAAGGGUGGCCAAGAAGUAAGCCAAGAGGAGAAAGAGGGUUCUUGGAAGGAUGCCUCUUUGCAUUGUGUUGCUGCUGGCUAUGUGAAGUUUGUUUUGACUAAACCUUUAGGGGGGAUAUGACUCAUCUAAAGGAAUCAACUUGUGUAUGUCUAUUCAACUAGUGAUGCAAUAUGUACUACUAUAUGUGAUCCUUCACUUUGGCCCUUUAAUUAUGUAACAAAAUAUGUUGUUAUAAUUUGAGACUUUGUAUUGAUG